CAUUACAUCACAGUCUUUUCUAUUGCAUGCUGUAGCUGUUCCAUUGCAUUCAAGAUGCCAAAACCUAUCUUAGGAUAUUGGGAUUUCCGAGGAUUUGGAGAACCUAUUAGGUACCUUCUUCAUUACUGCAAUGUUGAUUAUGAAGAACAGAAAUAUACUGUCCAAAACAGACAAGUUUGGGAUAAUAUUAAGCGCUCUCUGAAAUUAGAUUUUCCCAAUUUACCUUAUUACAUAGACGACAAGGUAAGAUUGUCUCAAAGCAAUACCAUAUUGAGAUACCUUUCCGAAAAGUACGACCUCGAUGGCAAGACUGAAGAAGAAAGACUGCGUGUCUCUUUGCUUGAGCAACAAAUUUAUGACUUACGUGAUAGCCUGAGACAUCUAACUUACAAUGGUCCUGAACAUUAUGCAAAACAUAUAGAAGAAUACAAGCGUAAACUCCCAGAACUAAUGCAAGAGGUUUCAGAUUUUCUUGGUGACAGAAAGUUCAUGGCUGGUGAUCGACUAACUUAUGUUGAUUUCAUGGCUUAUGACUGCAUUGACUUUUUCCGAUAUCUUAUUCCUGAUCUUCUGAAAGAUUUCCCAAAUUUGAGAAGUUUCCAGGAAAGAAUUCGAAGCUUACCUCAGUUGCAGAAUUAUUUCAACUCAUCAGAUUACAAACGCUGGCCCUUUUAUUCCCCUAAUGCUCAAUUUGGCGGAAAAGGUCCAGAACCGAAACAAGAGUAAUUUUUUUAUUAGCAUAUGCCUAUAAAAUUUUGAUGACUUUUUAAAUUCCUUUCUAUAUACUUGAAACUUUAAAUUUGCAUCAUCUUCAUUAAUUAUGAAAUUAUGGAAAACUCCAAAACGUAUGCCACAAAUUGACUAUGAUAUUUCCCUACCUUAUUGCAAUGUUAUGUCAGCAACAACUUAGGAUAGAAAUGUUAUCCAUCACAAAAUUUAUCAUGUAUCAUUCUGCUAUAAUUAAGUAAAUUGAAAAUAAAAUGCUUAAUUUGUUUUAGAAA